AAUUGGCACUUUCAAAUGCGUAGUUAUAUAUAGUAGCAAGCCUAUUUUGGAUUUUCAAUUGAGAUAUCAUAUGGAUGGCCAGAGUGAAAUUCUCACAGAACUCCCAGUUGGGUACAGAUUCUUGCCCACUGAUGAAGAAUUGGUUACUCAUUAUUUGAUGAACAAGGUGUUAUAUAAGCCUCUUCCUGCCCAUGUUGCUCAGGACAUUAAUGCCAGUCAAUUUUACAGCAAGCCUCCUAAUAACAUUGUGACUUUCUCAAGCGGAGAAAGGGAGUGGUAUUUUUUCAUUUAUUUAGAUGCAGAUUUUCUUGGAGAAAAUAAAGCAAUUAGAAAUGUGGGAGAUGGAAUAGGGUUUUGGAAAUCAAGCGGGCAAGAAAAACCCAUUUGCAACUCAGAUGGAAAUGUUUUUGCCCUCAGGUUUCAUUUUACCUACUUCUCAGGAACCCUUUCAAAUGCCAAGAAAACACAUUGGAAGAUGGAUGAAUACCGAUUGCCCACUCAAUGUGACACUGAUCACAACUUCAAGGGAGAGGGAUGGGUACUAGGAAGACUGAGAAGAGGAAUGGAGUACAAUAGUUGUUUCUAGUUUCACACAAAUAUUUCUCAUUUAUUUAUUCAUUUCUUAUAAUGCUAC